AUGGAACAAGUCUCGAUCGGCGGCAGCAGAUACUUGCUGUUUGUGGUUGACGAAGCCAGCUGGUGCUUGAAAAUCUUCUGUCUGUGGUCCACGUUUGAGGGUGAAGACUGCAUCACGAACUACAUUCUCAAGAUUCAGAUGCAGACCUUCUACGAAGAUCAAGGUAUUGAGCAGCAGGUCACGGUGCCGUAUGCACGUCAUACCAACGGCACCGCAGAACGCGCGAUACGAACCAUCGUCACGAUUGGACGCAGCUUGUUGCAUCAUGCAAAGCUGGAGAAGUGUUUCUGGGCUGAAGCGGCAAUGACGGCGAUCUACAUCAAGAACCGCCUGUCGUCACCCAAGAUCGACCACAAGACCCCGUUCGAGAUCGCGUACAAGUCGAAACCAAGUGUCAAGCAUAUGCGCGUAUUUGGACGUCAAGCAUACAUCCUUACAUCAAAGGAGAAGCGACCGAAGUGGGACCCGAAGGCUCGUGUAGGAAUGUUCAUGGGCUACGAAGAAGCGUUAAAGGCUUACCGGGUGUAUGACAUUGAGGUGGGCCAAGUGGUGAUCAGUCGUGACAUCACCUUCGACGAAUCGGCUUUUGACUUUUCGAUGGACCGAUCAAGUGACGACGAUGAAGAUGCGGAGUUGGACCUCAAUCUCCUGGCAGUAAACGAUGACGACGUACGUCAGACCACCUUCAAGCAGACUGGCAAGCGCAAGAGUGAAGCAAGCACCGAUACGGACGUCUACGAUCAAGAUGACGAAUCGACGCCUCAAACAUCUUGGCGUGCAAGUGCAAAUGCAGUGGAAGCAACGGACCUGGCAGAACCUGCAACUUUACAAGACGCAAUCAACGGUCCUGAUCAAGCUCACUGGCGAAGUGCUGUGAAGGAGGAGCUCAAGUCGAUGCAUCUUCGUGGAGUUUUUCGCGCGGCAAAACUGCCAAGAGGCCAAGGUGUAAUCGGAAUCAAGUGGGUGUUCAAGAUCAAGCGCAAAGCGGAUGGAUCGGUCGAGAAAUACAAGGCGCGUCUCGUUGCCAAGGGCUUCAAGUAA